UCAUGAUGCUGCCGCUGCGCCGUGUGAGAAAUCAAAGCGCACGCGUGGAGCGGGGAGGGAGCCCGUCUUUGCGCAGACUGGGUACCUACUGUACAUGGCCACUGAUACCGCUGGAUACAUGUAGCCCCUGGUGGAAACAAGAAUGGCGAGGGCAGUGGAUCUAACAUGUCGCGUUCUCAACGCUUGACAUCAGAUCUGUUCUUUUUCUUUCUUUCUUUUUUUUUUUUUUUUUUUUUGAACGCCAUCAUCAUCGUCGGGAUUUUUCUAAACAAAAGCGCAUCACCGGAAUCUGCCUCGACAGCUCGCGCGAUGGUUUCCAUCUGACAUGAAGCAGACGGGCGGCUUCUCCUAACAAACACUCGGGGAAUAACGAACAAAUCAUCAUAAAAACGGGUCAUUAUGACCUUAGUAUCCGCCAGUAAAAGAAAAGCACCGGAUUGUUUUUACGCGGCAGCGUUCUGCUUGCAUCUUCUGCUUUGGAUUUCCGUGUCCGGAGAGGAGCAUCAUCAGUUCAGCGUUGAGGAAUGGCUACAGAAAUAUGGCUACCUUCACCACACAGAACCAGGAAUGUCUGUCCUACGUUCAGCCAAAACCAUGCACUCAGCCAUCGCUGCCAUGCAGCGCAUCUACGGCCUCAAUGUCACCGGGACACUGGAUAAGAUGACCAAGGACUGGAUGGAGAGACCCCGCUGUGGAGUCCCUGACAAAUUAAAAAGCGUCACAAGGUCACGGAGGCGGAGAUUCGCGCUGACAGGCCAGAAGUGGCAGCGCACACAUAUAACCUACAGCAUCAAGAAUAUCACACCAAAGGUGGGCUCCCGAGAGACUCAUGAUGCCAUUCGGCGGGCGUUUGACGUGUGGCAGGGCGUGACUCCUCUACGCUUUGAAGCUGUUCCGUUCAGUGCCCUGGAGACUGGCAGACGUGACGUGGACAUCACUAUCAUCUUCGCUUCAGGCUUUCACGGCGACAGUUCACCUUUUGACGGGGAGGGCGGGUUUCUUGCUCACGCUUACUUUCCAGGCCCAGGCAUAGGAGGGGACACGCACUUUGACUCAGACGAGCCUUGGACCCUGGGCAACCCCCACCAUGAUGGCAAUGACCUGUUCUUGGUUGCAGUCCACGAGCUGGGCCAUGCCCUCGGUCUGGAGCACUCCAGUGACCCGACUGCCAUCAUGGCUCCUUUCUACCAGUACAUGGACACGGAGAGCUUCAAACUACCUCAUGAUGAUCUGCAGGGCAUCCAGAAAAUCUAUGGACCACCAGAUAAAACUCCUCAGCCAACAAGACCCCCUCCUACAGUUCCCCCUCCUCGCUUCCACCUUCCCUCAGAUCCCCGAAAACAGGGUCGCCACGUCAGACCCCAUCACCCUCCACAGGGGGCCAAACCAUCUAACCCCAACGCCAAACCUAACAUCUGUGAUGGAGGCUUCAACACUCUGGCCAUCCUCCGACAGGAGCUGUUUGUCUUCAAGGACCAGUGGUUCUGGAGGGUCCGGGACAACUCAGUGGUUCCAGGGUAUCCCAUGCAGAUCAACUUCUUCUGGAAAGGCCUGCCUGCUAAAAUAGACGCUGUGUACGAAAACAGUGAAGGAAAGUUUGUUUUCUUCAAAGGAAACCGUUUCUGGGUGUUCAAGGAUACCACUCUGCAGCCUUCAUACCCUCAGGACAUCUCUCUGUUCGGGAGCGGCAUGCAAACUGAGAGUAUCGAGACAGCUGUCUGGUGGGAAGAUGUCGCCAAGACCUACUUCUUCAAAGGAGACAGAUUUGAACACUACAGAUAA